GGCUUAACAGAGAAAGAGAGCUAGGGAGGGAGCUGGAGAGAGCGCAGGAGAGACAGGGGAAGCAGUGCUGCACAGUUUUUACCUCCACAUGCUGCAGCUCUGCCGAGUGUAGCUCACGGAUUGUACCAAGUGUAGACUUGUAUGUUUUAGUUGUGUUCAUGUGAGGGAUAGGGAUAGACUUGAGGUACUUUUUAGGGGGGGGAGAUCUCUUUUUUGUCUGCAGUGUAUGCACGUGUGUGUGUGUGUGUGCGCGUGUGUGUGACAGUGCCAUUGUGGCUGUGUGUGUUUAACAUACAGAAAGAUAUAUUCUCAGGAUGAUUGCCGCCCAGUUGAUAGCCUAUUACUUCACGGAACUUAAGGAUGACCAGGUUAAGAAGAUCGACAAGUACCUGUACUCCAUGCGCUUCUCCGAGGAGACGCUGUCGGACAUCAUGCAGCGCUUCCGGCGGGAGCUGGCCCGGGGCCUCGGUCAGGACACCAACCCCACCGCCACGCUCAAGAUGCUGCCCACCUUCGUGCACUCCAUCCCCGACGGCUCAGAGAAGGGAGACUUCAUAGCUCUGGAUCUGGGGGGGAGUGCCUUCCGCAUCCUGCGUGUGCGCGUGAGCCACGAGAAGAAGCAGACUGUUCAGAUGGAGAGCGAGAUCUACGACACGCCGGAAGACAUCAUCCACGGCAACGGCACCAGGUUAUUUGACCACGUGGCCGAGUGUCUCGGGAACUUCAUGGAGAAGCACAACAUCAAAGACAAAAGACUGCCGGUCGGGCUCACCUUCUCGUUCCCCUGCCAACAGACCAAACUAGAUGAGGGCUAUCUGCUGACCUGGACCAAGAGGUUCAAGGCCAGUGGAGUGGAGGGGAUGGACGUGGUCCAGCUGCUCAACAAGGCCAUUAAGAAGCGAGGAGACUACGAUGCAGACAUCAUGGCGGUGGUGAACGACACUGUGGGGACCAUGAUGACUUGCGGCUUCGACGACCAGCGCUGUGAAGUGGGCAUCAUUGUUGGCACAGGGACCAACGCGUGUUACAUGGAGGAGCUGAGGCACAUCGACCUGGUGGAGGGCGACGAGGGACGCAUGUGUGUCAACACCGAGUGGGGGGCCUUCGGGGACGACGGCAGGCUGGAGGACAUCCGCACCGAGUUCGACCGAGAGAUCGACAGAGGCUCCCUCAACCCCGGCAAACAGCUCUUCGAGAAGAUGGUGAGUGGCAUGUACAUGGGCGAGCUGGUGCGCCUCAUCCUGGUAAAGAUGGCCAAGGAGGGCCUGCUGUUCGAGGGGCGGAUCACCCCGGAGCUGCUCACCAAGGGCAAGCUCGACACCAAGCACGUCUCCGCCAUAGAGAAGAGUAAGGAGGGCCUGACCAAGGCCAAGGAGAUCCUGAUCAGACUGGGUGUGGAGCCCUCAGCCGAUGAUUGCAUCGCCGUGCAGCAUGUGUGUGCCAUUGUGUCCUUCCGCUCCGCUAGCCUGAUAGCUGCUACGCUAGGUGCUAUCCUGCUACGUCUGAAGGAGAACAAAGGGGUUGCUAGGCUGCGGACCACCGUGGGCAUUGACGGGUCGUUGUACAAGAUGCAUCCUCAAUACGCCCGCCGGCUCCACAAGACAGUGCGUCGCCUGGUGCCCGAUUCUGACGUCCGGUUCCUGCUGUCAGAGAGUGGGAGUGCCAAGGGUGCUGCCAUGGUGACCGCCGUGGCCUACAGACUGGCGGACCAAUCGAGACAGAUCAUCCAGACCCUGGAGGAACUCCAGCUGACCACUGAACAGCUGCUCGAGGUAAAGAAGCGGAUGAAGAUAGAGAUCCAAAAUGGCCUCUCCAAGAGCACCCAGGAGAUCGCUACUGUCAAGAUGCUCCCCACCUUCGUGCAGAGCACGCCUGAUGGCUCAGAGAACGGGGAUUUCUUGGCCUUGGAUCUCGGAGGAACCAAUUUCCGAGUUCUGUUGGUGAAGAUCCGGUCUGGGAAGAGAAGGACGGUGGAGAUGAACAACAAGAUCUACGCCAUCCCCAUGGAGGUCAUGCAGGGCACGGGAGAAGAGCUGUUCGACCACAUAGUGCAGUGUAUCAGUGACUUCCUGGACUACAUGGGGAUGAAGAACACUCGUCUUCCCCUUGGCUUCACCUUCUCCUUCCCCUGCCAACAAACCAGUCUGGACGCUGGUGUCCUGGUGACGUGGACCAAGGGCUUCAAGGCUACGGACUGCGAGGGCGAGGACGUGGUGGGCCUGCUGAGAGACGCCAUCCGGAGGAGGGAGGAGUUUGACCUGGAUGUGGUUGCCAUAGUGAACGACACCGUGGGGACCAUGAUGACGUGUGCCUACGAAGAGCCCACGUGUGAGGUGGGACUCAUCGCUGGUACUGGCAGUAACGCCUGCUACAUGGAGGAGAUGAAGAACAUUGAAAUGAUCGAGGGCGACGAAGGUCGCAUGUGUGUCAACAUGGAGUGGGGCGCGUUCGGCGACAACGGUUGCCUUGACGACAUGAGGACCGAGUACGACCGCACCGUGGACGACCUCUCCCUCAACCCGGGCAAACAGAGGUAUGAGAAGAUGUGCAGCGGUAUGUACCUAGGGGAGAUUGUGAGGAACAUCCUGAUAGACCUGACCAGGAAAGGCUUCCUGUUCCGAGGACAGAUCUCUGAGACCUUGAAGACCAGAGGCAUCUUCGAGACCAAAUACCUCUCGCAGAUAGAGAGUGACAGACUGGCACUACUGCAGGUCAGAUCCAUUCUGCAACACUUGGGACUGGACAGCACCUGCGACGACAGUAUCAUAGUCAAAAAGGUGUGUGGCGCCGUGUCCCGUCGAGCUGCUCAGAUCUGCGGGGCGGGGAUGGCUGCGGUGGUGGAUAAGAUCAGAGAGAACCGUGGACUGGACCAUCUGGACGUCACCGUAGGGGUGGACGGGACGCUGUACAAACUACACCCACAUUUUGCGGGGGUCAUGCAGCAGACGGUGAACAAGCUGGCUCCGCAGUGCAACGUCAACUUCCUGUUGUCGGAGGACGGCAGCGGGAAAGGUGCGGCGCUCAUCACCGCCGUGGGCUGCCGGCUGAGGGAGGAGCUCAAGAGCCAAUAGAUCCUCUCUCCUCCUCCUCCUCCUCCCCCUCCUCCUCUGUCUCCGUCUCUCUCUGUCUCUCUCUCUCUCUGCCUCUGUGUGUCGCUGUCCUCCAUACCCCUCCACUCCCUCCUUCCCGGGUCAUUCCUGGCUCCCCUCGGGAGUCUUCGCGCCCGCUGCUCUAGUUGCUUCUGCCCAACACCCGCGUACCGGAGAGGAGAGGGAAGCGUUCGACUGCAGGGUUCUAGCGCCCUGCUGGUUUUACCUGUGCUUUGUGUUGUUCAGUUUAUAGAGAUUAAACGCGCACACUUAACUACUGUGAGCAGGGCAAGGGGGGGGGGGGGGGGGGGGAUAGAGUAGUAGCAAAGAUAUAGUACAUUGUAGUACAGGAGGUCAGUUUAGGUAUCCUGAGUGUUGACCUAAGAGCCAUGAGGUGUACUGGUUGGGAUCUGGUCUUUUAAUCGAUUCUCUUUUUAUUAUUGUUGAGGUUUGAGAGUUACACAAUGCAAGAUCAGCCACUAAUUGUCACUGCAGUCUCAAGCAAUACUUAAAAUAAUGCUUAAAACUACUUGAUACUGAAUACUGGAAACAUACGAAAGCCUACAUGCACAAUAUAUAUUUUAAAACAGGUGCUUUUUGGAACUCCUCUGAGGAGGCUAAACACUGAUUGUGAGGUAAAGUUGCGCUCUACGUCUGCUGAGCUAAUAAUGAUUCACUGUCUGUUAAAAGGCGUAAAAAAGGGAAAGGAGAAAUAUAUAUUUUUUAAAAGAUAUGUAUGUAUAAUGAGAUAAAGGGAGUAUUUUCUUUUGCUAAUAUCUUGCCUAGCUGUCAUAUCAUAUUGGCUAUUUAUUUUAUUUUUGUACUUAAAUGAUGUUGAAACAACCUGCAACUGUAGCAAGUCUAGAGAAAAAUAUUAUCAUAGUCAAGUUUACAAACAACUUAGUCCUGUUGAACAAUAUAUUAAGUUUUCUCUAGUGUGCUGCAAAAGUUGUCCAAAGAUCACUUCUAAUGCUUUUAUCUAAAUGGAAUUCGUGUCAUUGUCAGUAAUCCUUUGUGGCUGUGAAACUGUCUGCUGAGAUUUUCAAUAUUAUUUUAAGAUUGCAGUUCGCCAUGUAAUGUCGUUCAUGAACUACAUCAUUGUAGUCCAAUUUAAAUAAAUGCUAUCCAAAGACAUUACCUAUUCAACCAAUCCAGUAACUGAUUAACUAUUACUGUCACUAUUAUCAAGGUUAUACAAUACACUAGCAAUAAACCCCACAAUAUUCACUUUCAAAUGCCAAUUUUCUUUUAAGCUUUCUUUUUAGUCCCAAACUACUACUGCCAUAUACACACAUGGUCAUUUUAAUAUGUCCAAUGUUAAUGGGACAAACACAUGCACAAACACACACACACAGACACACACACGCGCACAUACACAUACACUAAACAUACUAAACACAUCCAAAAACUGUCAAUUUACACAAUCCACAUAUUUAAUUUAUUUAAUUUGAUCAAUCCAUGAAUAAAAACCUAUGAAUAAAAGCA